CCCAAAAUAACAAGAAAAUGGAGGUAUAGAAAGCAAAACUGUAGCAAACAAACUAAACCCUCAAAUUUCCCUCUUUUCCAAAGCUCAAACAACAGACAAUAAACAAUAACACUCACCUGCUAUAUUGUCUUCCUUCCCCCACUCUCUCAGAUCACCGCUAGCACCAUCUCCUCUAUUUCAAUCCGUACCGCCAUUCCUACGCCACCUAAAUCCCAUCAAUCGCCUAUAUCCACUAUUCCACCCUGAUUUGUCUUUCUUCUGCAAUGGUCACUGGUGGGUCACACCAGGAUGAUGGGGACAAGAACCACCCUCCCGCUGCCACAGUUUCUAGAGCCGGCGCCAGCAGGUCUUGGGGCACCACUACUAUCUCCGGUCAAUCGGUUUCCACCAGUGGCAGCAUCGGUUCCCCUUCCAGCCGGAGUGAGCAGGCCAUGGCCACGCCCGGCAGUGACAGCACUUUUCUUAGGCUGAACCAUCUUGACAUUCACGCUGACGAUGCCGCCACCCAAGAUGCCGCUGCUAACAAGAAGAAGAAGCGAGGUCAAAGGGCAGCUGGAGCUGAUAAGAGUGGUAGAGGACUCCGCCAAUUUAGUAUGAAAGUGUGUGAAAAAGUGGAAAGCAAGGGAACAACUACUUACAAUGAGGUUGCAGAUGAACUUGUAGCAGAGUUUGCUGACCCUAGCAACAGUGUUUCAUCUCCUGAUCAGCAGCAACAAUAUGAUGAGAAAAACAUACGGCGAAGGGUAUAUGAUGCCCUGAAUGUACUCAUGGCGUUGGAUAUCAUAUCUAAGGAUAAAAAAGAAAUACAAUGGAAAGGUCUUCCUCGAACUAGCCUGAGUGAUAUUGAAGAAUUAAAGGCUGAACGUCUUGGAUUGAGAAAUAGAAUUGAGAAGAAAACUGCCUAUUUGCAAGAACUGGAGGAGCAAUACAUAGGUCUUCAGAACCUGAUACAUCGAAAUGAACAACUGUACGGCUCAGAGAACGCUCCCAGUGGGGGUGUGUCUUUACCUUUUAUUUUGGUUCAGACACGCCCUCAUGCAACUGUUGAAGUGGAAAUAUCAGAAGAUAUGCAGCUGGUGCAUUUUGACUUUAAUAGCACCCCUUUUGAGCUGCAUGAUGAUAAUUAUGUUCUCAAGGCAAUGAAAUUUUGUGAGAGACCACAGAGUGAUGAUAUGGCACCCAAUCUAGCUAAUGACGGGGGUGAAGGUUCUAGCAUGUCCAACAUGUUCCAACAACAAAUCCAUUCUUCUCCAGGAAAAAACACACCAAUUAGGCCACCCACCUCACCGCCAAUUCCUGGAAUUAUAAAAGCACGUGUUAAGCAUGAGCAUUGAUAAGCAUGUUACCAUGGGCAAUAAUCUCAGCUGUGUAUGUAAAUUGUGUAAAGUAGCUUGCCGGAUGUGGGAAGGCCCCUAUAAUUACUUUCACCUUCCUGAUUUUACCCUCAUUUGGAGGAAUCAAGGUAACAUGCAGAUCAGUCCUUUUGCUUAGAGACUUGCAUGGAAUAUGUAAUUUUGUCAGGUUCUCAGGUUUACAUCCAUGUUUAGCUGCUGUAAUUGUUUAAUCAUUUUUUUUUUCACCUAUUGUAGUAAAAAUGAAGGCAGUCUGUUGGUUUAUAUUAGGCUAUAGGGGAUUGUCUUAGCCGCACACAGAAUCAUAGAAUCAAGGCAACAAUUUGAUAUUACUUGUAUUGCACAUUACAUUUAUGCCAUUGCUGUUUAUCAUCA